GUUAUUUAGCUAACUUCACAUUGGUGUGCUCUCCAAAACAAAUACGUGACUGCGUCGUGCGAGCCAUUGUUUAUCGUCCAUAAAAACAAAAUAAACGUGACCCACAUUUUUGUGCGAGUCCUAUCAGAUUCUAUUUCGAGUUAUUUGCAGGCAUUUAAACUCGAUUAUAUUAAUAAAUCAUAUCGUUAUGGAAGUCGAACGAUUCGCUUCCGACUCUGAGAACGUGGCGGUAGACGAUAAUGAAAAGCCGGUUGUGGACGAAGGCGCCGGAGAUGCGGCGACUUCCCACACGGAGCGUCUGCGUCGCAAAAAUAAGAAGUACUGGCGCUCUAACAGCAAGGAGGGCCCGGUGAAUGCGACGGCUGUGACGCCGUUACCUAAGUACAGAAGCUGGAAAAACAGCCGUAGACCACGCAACGGGCAUGGAAGAGGCCUGCCGAAGAAAGGUGGCGCUGGUGGAAAAGGCGUUUGGGGUGCCCCAGGGUCGGAACUCUUGGAAGAAUAUGUUGAAGACGCCAACGAUCCCAACUACGAUUCGGAAGCCGUUACCAACGGGGAUGUGGAGUUUAAGCAGAUCAUUGUCGACGCUGAACCGGAGGAAGUCGUUCGUAAAUCGGAACCAGUUAUCUUGGAAUACUUUGAGCAUGGAGACACCAACGCUGCUGCUGAAGACUUCUUGGAAUUCGUCACAGCCAACAGAUGUCACCUGGUUUGUGAAACGAUUGUGGAGAUUGCAUUGGAUCAUAAGCCGUCUCACUGCGAAAUGGCAUCCUUCCUCAUCUCCGACCUCUACGGCAGAGUCUUCUCCGCAAAAGACAUCGGCAUUGCGUUUGAUCGUCUCCUGGAGAAGCUACCAGACCUAAUCCUGGAUACUCCUGAUGCGCCGGUUCUCCUUUCCAACUUCAUAGCUCGGUGUGUCGCCGAUGAUUGUCUACCACCACGCUUUGUCCAGACCGCUAAGGAUAGACCUGAUCUCAACGCUCAAGCCAAACAAGCCAUUCACCGGGCUGAAACCUUACUAUCAAUGAAGCAAGGAAUGGUGAGACUGGACAACAUCUGGGGAGUCGGAGGCGGCAUCAGACCAGUGAAGUCCCUGAUCCGUCAGAUCCAGUUACUCCUGAAGGAGUACUUGACGUCCGGCGACCUCGCUGAGGCCAUGAGGUGUGUGAGGGAGCUGGAAGUGCCACAUUUCCAUCACGAAUUAGUUUAUGAGACCGUCCUAUUAGCAGUGGAAGCUAUAAACUCAGGUGUGGAAGAUCAGCUCUGUUCCUUCCUCGCUGAACUCCAUAGAUGUGUCAUAGUCAGCCCCGACCAGAUGGACAGGGGUUUCCUCCGUGUCCUGGAAGAUAUGUCGGACAUAGUCCUGGAUGUGCCGCUAGCCUACAUCAUGUUGGACCGGUUUAUGGAGAAAUGCCAACAGAAGUUCAGGCUUGGAGAUGAGGUGCUCAAACGGAUGCCUACCAGGGGUCGCAAACGUUUCGUCUCCGAAGGUGACGGCGGCGUCAUCAAGGACCAUGCUUUGAAACUACGCGAGUAGACCAGCUGACACAUGGAGCCCUACGCCAGUCGCCAGCGGAGCCCUAAACCACAGCCAACCCACCAGAAACACAUUUCAACGACACCGGAAAACAUUACCUGAAGGUAGUCCUAUUAGAAAAAGUAUAUUGUAUAAUAUACAGAAUAAUUUUCGUUAUUAUAAGAUGCUACGAACAGACAUAAAAGACAGAAAAUAAGUUAUGAGCCCCGUUCGUAACUCGAAACUAGUCGGGAAAUCUCGAAAGUUUCGAGAGUCCAUAUUAUCUGUAAUUGGUAUAUGGACAAUUCUCUCUUUACUUAUGCAAAAGGGCCUAUAAGAAAGAUAUAUAAAUGUUUGUCUGUCUGUCUUGAAAAUUUAUUGUACAAUAGUAUAUUUUUUUAUAUAGAAAGUGACAAGAAAAGCAAUAUAGUCAAAAAUAGGGUUUUUAGUUUCAAAAUUUUAGUUGUUUUUAAAUUUCUUUAUGAUUUUUUUCUGUUUAUGUGAAUUGUAUAGUUAUUACAAUUAGCUCAAAAAUUGUUAGGUAGCGUAAUUUUUUUUUGGAAAUUUCUUCUUUUCUUUUAUUUUUUGGUUUAUGGAAAUUCUAUGUUGUUUUAAUUAGUUUCUCGUCAAAGCAUUUUGUUCAUUGUCCACUUUAUAAUGUAUUCGUAAGAGUAACG